GUUAUGCUGGGUUUUGGGCGCCUGCAGGCCCUGUACCGGAGCCGGCAACUUGCUAAACAGUAUGAAGCAACCCAGGCACAUAUCAUCAGGCUUCAAGCUAUGUGCCGUGGUUAUCUAAUGCGCCAAAAGAUAGCAGAGCAGAAGAAAGCUGUAUGUGUUAUACAGGCAUAUGCAAGAGGCAUGUUUGCUCGCCGAAUCUACCAGAGAAUGAAGAGGGAGAACAAAUGCAAGCUGGAAGCCAGGAAUAUCCGCUUAGAAGAAGAGAAGCGUCUCAUCCAAGUCCUUGGACCAGUGAAAGCAAGGGAAGAAGCUAUGAGAUUAGAAAAGGAACACCUGGCUGCUCUGGAGAGAGAGGAGACAGAAGCAAGACAAAGGAGGAAUGCUCUUGCGAAUAAAUCAAGAAAUCAUGAUGUUAUUAGUGACCAAGAAAUGGUGGAUAAAAUUUUUGGGUUUUUACCUUCUAUGAUUGGAGGCCAAGAAGGACAAGCUCCUCUGGGUUUUGAGGACUUGGAAACAAAGCGUAACAAGCUGGAUGAGGUGGACCUGGACAUGGUUCCUAUGAGUGUGGAGCUAGAAGAGGAAGCAGAUGGCUUGGAAGAGUACACCUUCCCAAAGUUUGCAGCUACUUAUUUCCAGGGGUCUUCUACACAUACGCAUAUCCGGAGACAGCUGCGGCACCCACUACUCUACCAUGAUGACAAGGACGAUGUCCUGGCUUCUCUAGUUGUGUGGGUUAUCAUCCUGAGGUUCAUGGGGGACCUGCCAGAGCCAGCAAUGUUUGCCAAGAAUGCCACCACCAAGAGCAGCUCCGUGAUGACACAGAUCUAUGACACACUUGGCAGGAAAAACCAGGUCCAGUUCAGGAAUGACAGCCCAAAUAUGAGAGAAAGCAGAAAGGAUAACAAGAUUUCGAAGGGGAUCUCUUCCCUGAAGCUGAAACGGUCAUCCAAGUUGACAGGGAAGGUGACAGACCAGCUGAGAAGUGGGGAAGAGGCUUUCCAAGAGGACAGCUCGAUCUCUGAGAGACCUAUGUCCAACCUAGAAAAAGUGCACUUUAUUAUUGGCAAUGCAAUUCUCCGUCCUGCCAUCAGAGAUGAGAUUUAUUGCCAGAUUUGCAAACAACUCACUGAAAACAGCAACAGGAGCAGCUAUGCUCGAGGCUGGAUCCUUCUGUCACUUUGCCUUGGUUGCUUUCCUCCUUCAGACACAUUUGUGAAGUACCUGUUGAAUUUCAUCCACCACGGGCCCACAGGCUAUGCACCAUAUUGUGCUGAACGUCUGAGACGUACCUAUGUCAACGGAGCACGGACUGAACCUCCGAGCUGGCUGGAACUUCAGGCAACAAAGCAGAAGAAACCCAUUAUGGUUAAUGUCACCCUGAUGAACGGCCAAAGCAUCACUGUCCCUGCAGACUCUGCUUCCAUUGCCAAAGAGAUCUGUCAGUUCAUAGCAGAUAAAACCAAACUGAAGGAUGUGUUUGGUUUUUCACUCUACAUUGCUGUGUUUGAUAAGGUCUGGUCACUGGGUGGGGGACGAGAUCAUGUCCUGGACGCCAUCUCUCAGUGUGAACAGCUAGUGAAGGAGCGGGGCACACAUGAACGCAAUGCACCCUGGCGACUCUACUUUCGGAAGGAAAUCUUCACCCCCUGGCACAACUCCCAGGAGGAUCCUAUCAGCACUGAUCUCAUUUACCACCAAGUAAUUCGUGGCAUCCGGUUUGGAGAGUAUCGUUGUGAGAAGGAGGAGGAUUUGGUGGAAAUAGGUGCAAAAUAUUGUUACAUCCAGUUUGGAGAUUCCAUCCACAAUGAACUUGUGCAGAAGGUGCUCCAUGACUGUAUCCCAGUGAAACAGCUGAAGUCCAAGCCCCUGGAAAAGUGGGUGAGCCUUAUAACCUACGCACAUGCUAAGGCUCCAUAUACACAGGACCGUCUCUCCCGUCAGACUGUGAAGGAACAACUUGUAGAUUUUGCUCGGUUUCAGUGGCCUUUGCUUUUUUCCCGAUUCUUUGAAGUCACUAAGUUUUCAGGUCCCAGCUUGCCCAAGAACCACUUUAUUGUUGCCGUAAAUUGGAAAGGUGUCUGCUUCUUGGAUGAGUCAGAAAAGAGACUCCUUGAGCUGACAUUUCCAGAGGUAACUAGCAUCCACACAAACAGGGCAGUGAAGUCAUUUGGACAGAGUUGCACUCUCAUCACACUUCGUGCCGAGGAGUUUGUCCUGACAUCUGUAAAUAGCGUUGUCAUUGCCGAACUGGUGGUCAUGUUCCUGGAAGGACUGAAGAAGAGAUCACGAUUCGCUGUGGCAAUGCAUGAGAAAAAAUCCCAAGAAGACCCUGCCAUCCUGUCCUUCAAGAAGGGAGACUUGCUAAUCUUCACUGAAGACAAAAGGCUGGAUGCAAACUCUGGGUGGAUCUGUGCCCAGAACGAGAGGACAGGCAAAACAGGGAAUGUAUUUUUGGAAGAGAUCUACAUCAUUCCUUCUCUCACAAAACCGUCUAGUCAAGUGCUGAGUUUGCUGAUGAUGUCUCCAGACCAGAGGAGGACAGCUUCACAGAACUCCUACAUGGAUGAACCUGAUGAAGAGGAUCUCAAAGUGAAGCCUUACACUCUGGAGGAGUUCUCCUAUGAACACUUCAGGACUCCUGAGAAGGAAUCCAUCAGCAAAGCUGUUCUCCAGAAAUCUCGCAGGCGCAGUCAACUGUGGGCACACUCUAAGGAGCCCCUGAAACUGCCCUUGCUGAAGACAGCAUGCACAGACCCUGAUCUUCGGGAUUUGGCUUGUCAGGCCUUCAUUGCUAUCAUGAAAUUCAUGGGAGACUAUCCCUCAAAACAGGCAUACUCCUCUGUGGAAGUCACUGACCAGAUAUUUGUAGCAGCUAUCCAGGAGGAGGUCCUGCGGGAUGAGAUUUACUGUCAGAUUAUGAAGCAACUGACUGAGAACAGAAACAGGUACAGCGUGACCAGGGGUUGGCAGCUCCUUUGGCUCUGCACUGGCCUGUUUCCACCCAGCAAGUCACUGCUGAAACAUGCCCAGAAGUUCAUGGAGACACGUCAGAAAGAAACACUGGCCCUGGAGUGCAGUCGGAGGAUUCAGACAGUGAUGAGGAGUGGCUCCAGGAAGUGGGCACCUCAUCCUGUGGAGGUUGAGGCCAUCUUACAGAACAACACUAAGAUCUCACACAAGAUUUACUUCCCCAAUGAAACAGAACAGACAUUUCAUGUGGGAACGAACACCAAAAUCCGGACUCUGUGUCAGAACAUCGCUUCCAAAUUGCAGCUCAGCUCCUGGGAGGGUUUCAGCCUCUUUGUGAAGAUUGCAGACAAGGUGAUCAGUCAGAAUGAAGCAGACUACUUCUUUGACUCACUAAGGCAGGUGACAGACUGGAACAGGAGGAACAAACCAGUGAAAGAUGGGGCUACUAUGUCUGUGGCUUAUGAGGUGUACUUCAUGAGAAAGCUGUGGCUGAAUGUAACUCCCGGGAAGGACCUGAAAGCUGAUUCAAUUUUUCAUUACCACCAGGAGUUGCCUAAGUACCUCAGAGGCUACCACAAGUGUUCCAAGGAUGAAGCUGUCCAGCUCGCAGGGCUGAUUUAUAAAGUGCGCUUCAACAAUGACCGCACACAGCUGGCAACCAUCCCUAAAAUCCUGAAGGAGCUGGUGCCAGACAAUCUGCUCCGAGCAAUCUCACCAGAUGAGUGGAAGAAGAGCAUUACUGCAGCAUAUAGUAAACAUGAAGGAAAAACUGUGGAUGAGGCCAAGAUUGCCUUCUUGAAAAUGAUACACCGGUGGCCAACGUUUGGAUCAGCCUUCUUUGAGGUGAAGCAAACCUCGGAGCCAAAUUUCCCAGAGGUUGUGUUGAUUGCAAUCAACAAGCAAGGAGUCUCACUGAUACAUCAGAAGACAAAGGAUAUUUUAACAGUCUACCCCUUCAAUAAAAUCUCCAAUUGGAGCAGUGGGAGCACAUACUUUCACAUGACAAUAGGGAACCUGGUACGAGGAAGCCGGAUAUUAUGUGAGACAUCUCUGGGUUACAAAAUGGAUGACCUAUUAACAUCCUAUGUACGCCUGCUAAUGAAUGCUGUAAACAAGCAAAAGAAACUCCCGGCCUGA